AUGGCGGAUCGAGCACCCCAGCGUAUACAGACGGAGAGCCUGCAAGACGAUGACAGCAACAAAGAGAAUACUAACGAGGACUUCGAGCCGGUCAAGAAAAAGUCCAAAGUGGAUCUGAUCAGUAAGGGUGAUGAAGCCGAGCACAAGCUUGAGGAACGACUGUGUGGGAUUCUUUGCUGUGCAGUCUGCUUAGAUCUCCCUCGGAUUUGCUAUCAGUGUAGUAAUGGUCAUCUUAUGUGUGCUGGUUGCUUUAACCAUCUCCUGGCUGAUGCAAGGCUCAAAGAUGAGACUGCCACCUGCCCAAACUGUCGAUGUGAGAUUAGCAAAGCAACCUGUUCUCGCAACUUGGCUGUUGAGAAGGCAGCAUCAGAGUUGCCAACGGAUUGUCAGUACUGCCAGCAACAGCUUCCGCGUCAUCUGAUUUGUCAACAUGAAGGUCAUCAUUGUCUGGAGAGGCCAAGUUCUUGUAAAUACACCCGGAUUGGGUGUCCAUGGCGUGGUCCGUUCCAUGAGCUCAAAGAACAUGAAGAAUCGUGUGCUCAUCCCCACAAAACUGGCAAUGAAAUCAUGGAUGCUUUGCAAGCAAUUGACAAGCGCAGCACAGACCAGCUGAAGCUGUAUGAGGAGAUCUUUGCGCUUCUCUCUUAUGAGAAGAUAACAUUCAAUGACCUCCAGUUACGUCCCUUCCGAACAGAUGACUUCAUCACAAAACUUUUCUACGAGACCAGUCGGUUCUCCUCCUUUCAACAUCAGUGGGUGCUAAAGGCACGAGUGGAUCACGACCAGAAGGACCCUACACAAAGCAGCAAGCGCACGCUCAGUUAUCAGUUGGUUCUCAAGAGCCGCACUAGCAGCCCACUUAAAGUUUUAUUCAUGGCUCUUAAAGGGCCUUAUGGAGACCUGAAGGUUACACCAUCAGUUUAUGAGUUUGAAUUCUCCAAUGACUCUACAGAGAGUGACUAUCACCAGUUGCCAACAGUUGAUGUGCUUGAAUGUAACAAGCUGCUGGCGUCCAAAACUAUCAAUGUGCGACUUGUACUUUUCCAAGUGCAGCAGUAG